AUGUCCAACAGCAGCUCCAUCAGCCACUUCCUCCUGCUGCCAUUGGCAGACACGCGGCAGCUGCAGCUCCUGCACUUCUGCCUCUUCCUGGGCAUCUCCCUGGCUGCCCUCCUGGGCAACGGCCUCAUCAUCAGCGCCGUAGCCUGCGGCCACCACCUGCACACCCCCAUGUUCUUCUUCCUGCUCAACCUGGCCCUCACUGACCUGGGCUGCAUCUGCACCACUGUCCCCAAAGCCAUGCACAAUUCCCUCUGGGACACCAGGAACAUCUCCUACUCAGGAUGUGCUGCACAGCUCUUUCUGUUUAUCUGUUUCUUUUCAGUAGAGUUUUCCCUCCUGACCAUCAUGUGCUACGACCACUACGUGUCCAUCUGCAAACCCCUGCACUACGGGACCCUCCUGGGCAGCAGAGCUUGUGCCCACAUGGCAGCAGCUGCCUGGGCCAGUGGCUUUCUCAAUGCUCUGCUGCACACAGCCAAUACAUUUUCCCUGCCCCUGUGCCAGGGCAAUGUCCUGGGCCAGUUCUUCUGUGAGGUGCCACAGAUCCUCAAGCUCUUGUGCUCUAAAUCCUACCUGAGGGAACUUGGGUUUCUUUUUGUUAGUGUCUGUUUAGGAGUUGUAUGCUUUUUGUUCAUGGUUUUCUCCUACGUGCAGAUCUUCAGGGCUGUGCUGAGGAUCUCCUCUGAUCAGGGACGACACAAAGCCUUUUCCACCUGCCUCCCUUACCUCGCCGUGGUCUCCCUGUUUAUCAGCACUGCAGUGUUUGCCUACCUGAAGCCCCCCUCCAUCUCCUACCCAUCCUUGGAUGUCUCAGUCACAGUUCUGUAUUCAGUCGUGACUCCUACCCUGAACCCUUUCAUCUACAGCCUGAGGAACCAGGAGCUCAAGGGUGCCUUGAGAAAAUUAAUGACUCUGUAUUUUCAGAAGCAUUAAACUCUUUCCUGCUGCAGAGCCUUUUGAAUGUAACACUUUAUAAUUUCUGCC